ACAGCAAAAAGACCAAAACGGUUCUCCUCUCCUUCCCUCAACUUCCCCAAUCCCCCAAUCCCCAAUCCCCAAUCCCUCAUCCCUAAAACGAAGCUCCAAAUUCCCUCAAAGAUCCUCCAAGUUCCAAACUUUUAUUAGGGUUUCAGUUGCAGCCACUGGGAAAUUGAAUUCCCAUAUAAUGCUGCACCGAGAGGAUUCGGCGGUGAUGCGUUCGGUGGCCCAGCUGGGCUCCCUCUCCUCCGCCAUCGACGCCUUCCGCCUCCGCUUCCACGACCUCGACGACCACCUCCGUUCCCUCCACCUCGCCCUCGAUUCCCGCACCCUCCUCCUCCAAUUCAACCCCGAUCAAUCGAAAUCCCCGCCUCUGCCUUCGCAGGAGGACGCGAGAUCGGCCCCCGAAUUGCCGGAGGAGGAGAGCGCCCCGCAGUCCGAGCUCGAGCAGCUAUGCCAGACCAUGUGCAGCCGCGGCCUCCGCCGCUACCUCGUCGCCCACUUGUCCGACGUCGAUGACCUCCGCCGCCAGGUCCCUCCCGCCCUCAAGAACUGCGCUCCCGACGUGCCCAAACUCGUCUACGAAUGCGUCGGAGGGUUCUAUCUCCAGGGCAGCAAGGCCUUCACCCACGACUCCCCCAUGAUCUCCGCCCGCCACGCCGCCAUCCUCGCCCUCGAAUUCUUCCUCCUCUCCGAUUCUCUGGGCGUGCAGCCGGAUCCCGCCGCUCUCUCGGUCAAGGCAGAGGCUGAGUCCUCCGCCAUCGCGUGGAGGAAGAGGCUGAUCGUCGAGGGCGGGGUCUCCAGGGCAGGCGAGAGCGAUGCCCGCGGCUUGCUCCUUUUCAUUGCUUCCUUCGGCAUUCCUAGCGUUUUUAAGGCUGAAGAUAUUGCGCAUUUGCUCCGGCUUAGCAAUUGGAAGGAAAUCGGCGACGCACUUCCGCGUUCCCCAUUCUUGCGCGCCCGGAUUCCUGAUGUCUUAGAGGAAAUGAUGAAGAUUGGGAUGAGCAUUCAAGCUGUUGAUGUCUCCAUUGGUUUCGGUAUAGAGGAUAAGUUCCCCCCUCAGACAAUUCUGACGUCAUUUUUAAGGGAAGCUAAAGAAAGAUGUGACAAUAGUAAAAGAGCACAUAGUUCAACUAUGGCUAUGAAGGCAGCUACCCAAAAGCAAUUGACUGCUCUAAAAUCCACAUUGAGAUGUUUGGAAGAUCAUAAUUGGGACCCUGCAAAAGUACUUCCUGGAUGGCAAUUAAAGGAAAUGAUAGUGAAGUUGGAGAAGGAGGCUGCUGACAUUGAUAAGAAGAUGAAGGAGAAGGUAGUCUCCAAGAGAAGGAUUGAUGUUGUGGAACCUGCGAGAACAUUUAAGAGUCAUGAGGUUAAACGCCCAAAGUUCUCACCUGAAGUGGCACCCCACUUUUCUCGUCCAUUCAUGGGUUUCCAAGAGCAAAAGGACAAUAGUCGUAUAUUUGGUAGGAGUUCGUAUGAUGAUGGUUCACAGCCAAUAUUUUCGUUUGACAGUGGACUCUCCCGGCAUGGUAGCAGUUAUCCUGCUGCAUCAUUGGUAUCUCAUGGAUCUGGUGGAGGGUCUUUGACAGAAACUUCCUUGAAAUCCCCAAUGGAGAGUGCAAAUGCCUUGCAUUCUUCUGGAGUUGGAGGUAGAAUCUCUGCUGGAAUCAGUAUGAUGGCUGCAGGUGCAUCUGCUGCUUUCCCUAGAGAUAGAUUGGCCGACAGGAUUGGACUUGUAGGUAGUAGUAAUGAUGCUUCAAUUGGACAAUAUGUGAUCAGGGAUGGCACAUAUCGGGACCAGCUAGAGCAAAGAAAUCUCGGGAGGUAUACAUCUGUGGGAACUGGUCGCUAUGGCCCCUCAUUAGAAGGUUUCAAAGGCCUGCCAAAAUUUUCAUCUAGCAAUGCCAUUGAUCAUGGUUCAAACUUUGAUUUAUAUGGUUUUGCUGAUACCAUUAUGGAGCGGAGUCGUACAUAAGCAGCAUUUCUCACUAUUCACCAGGGAGGCAGGCCCUGUCUUUCCCAUCCCGACUGCUCCCAAGGUUCAUCUUUGUGGCGGGCGAAUCCAAAUUGCUUAAUUAUAGGUCUUUUUCCUUCACGUUCAGGUAUCAAUUAGCUUAUGAGGCGAUGGGCAGUGGCUUUGAUACCGAUCAUAAUCUUGUCCAAGACUUUGCAUUUGCUUUAUUAGGAAAGCCAUUGUUAUCUUUUGGUGGGCAUACUCGAGACAUUGGGACAGUAAGUCAUUAAAGAUGAUUACUUGGUGCCAAAGCCAAACUCUCCAGGCAGAUGGACAGGGAAAGGAAACUAAAUUAAAGGGACUUUCAAGCUACAGUAGGUGGUGGGAUAGUUGAGAAAGUUGUCAUGGAACUGCAGCUGAACUUGUAGCCAAGAGUGUUAAAGGAUUAGGUUUCCGAAUAACAUAUCUUGUUUUGCAAUAACAGUCACUUUGUGAAGAAAUCGAGACUCUGAAGAUGCAUCAUUUUGGGUGGGUCUCUCCCGUGUAUGCAUAAGUUGGUGCUUCAGUUUUAGUGUCUAUGAUGUUACUCAUUUAUCACCAUGGGAUCUCCCUUUCUUUUGUUAACUUAAUGCCAUGUCAGCUUGCAGAUUUGUAUAUAAUGAUUUGACUUUGUGGAAGGCUGACAAAGUGAGGAGUCUUUUAUAAUGGCGAAAGUUCGUGUGUCUUAUUAACUACAA